AUGAGUCCGCCAGACUCCGGCAAGCAACCGCAGUCGUCGAGAGGGAAGGAGCCGGCCGGGCCGGGCGGGUUCAAGGGUGUCAGAAUGAGAGAGUGGGGGAAGUGGGUGGCGGAAGUGAGGCUACCAAGAAGCCGGAAGAAGAUGUGGUUGGGCUCCUACGCCACUGCCGAGGAGGCAGCAAGGGCCUGCGAUGCUGUAAUGUACUGUCUAAAGGGCCCAGGAGCAGCACUCAACUUCCCGGACCACCCACCGAACAUAUCGUCAGCCGAUAAGUUGAGCCGGCCGGAGAUAAAGGCGGCGGCCAGGAAACAUGCUCGCGAUGGACCGAAGAAAGUAGAUCAAGCUGGGCAGGCCGAGGAGAGUGAGGCUGAGAGAGUGGCAGCACCAGUGGAUCCAGGAGAAGGGAGUUCAGGAUUAAGGGCAACGGGAGAGCCGGUGCAGGUGUCCUCGCCGGAGUUUUGUUUCAGGGCGGAGGAAUGGGGGUGCAACGUCCAGCCAGGUUGUGUUGAUGAUGAUUAUGACGAUAUCUAUAGGUGCUCGCCACUUUGGAACUUUUGA